AUUUCUCAUAGCCUCUCUUUUUGCAAUGAAUUUCGCCUCCUGAAACAUCUAUCAAACCAAUACCCUCUUCGUUUAAUUAUCAUAUUCCUCCAAAAUCUCUGCUUCCCCGGGAAAUGGUUGUCUUCUCUCCCUUCUUUCCCCUGCCGGAUACUUAGAAACGCACCCCAUCCACCGCCGGCAGCCGUGUUCCUAUUCAUCUGCAUGAAAUUCUAGGUCGUCGGCGGUUGCAUGUUCUUUUUUCCCCCUCUUCUUUUUGCUACUAAUUUGCAAGAAAAAAGUUUUAGAUGAUGGAGGGGCAACAAAAUCACCACCACCAUGUAGAUUCCUUCUCCGGGACCCUACCCACUAUUGAUGAGGACGUUGUCGCUGACCUCACCUGGCCUUUUAGCAACCUUGAUGGUUUAGAUGUCGAUGACAUCCGCGAAACUGCCUAUGAGGUUUUCUUCACGGCGUGUCGAUCUUCUCCUGGAUUUGGUGGUGGGAGGAAUGCCCUGUCAUUUUACUCCACCCAUAGUAAUCCCAAUGAUGGUGGUGGUGGUGGAGGAGAAGGAGGACGAGGAGCAGGAGGAUUCGGGUCUUUGUCAUUUGGGUCAUCCUCAUCGUCAGUAGGGAGGCUGAGUGGAGGUGGUGGCUCUGUCGUUGUUACGUCUCCAGUUAGUAAAAUCAAGCGAGCUUUGGGUUUGAAAAUGCUCAAGAGAACACCAUCUAGAAGGAUGUCAAGCCUGGGUGGCGGAUUCAGCGGUGGAGGUAGUGGUGGUGCAGGUUCAGCACCGAGUUCCCCUAGCACGCCACAACAUCACACGGUAUUCAGUAGCCCUAAUAUUGGUUUCUCCACGUUGCAACCGGUGCGUCCAAGACGACCGCUAACUUCUGCAGAGAUAAUGAGGCUUCAAAUGAGAGUGACAGAACAAAGUGAUAACCGGCUCCGAAAAACUUUAAUGCGGACUCUUGUUGGCCAACUAGGGAGACGAGCAGAGACGAUAAUAUUACCACUAGAGCUUCUUCGCCAUUUAAAGCCAUCAGAGUUCAACGACGGUCCCGAGUACCACAUAUGGCAGAGACGACAACUCAAGGUGCUAGAGAAUGGCCUCCUCAUCCACCCUUCCAUCCCAAUAGACAAAUCCAACACCCAUGCCAUCCGCCUCCGUGAGAUCAUCCUUUCUAGUGAGACCAGACCCGUCGACACCAGCAAAAACUCCGAGACCAUGAAAUCCCUCUGCAACGCCGUGGUCUCCCUCUCAUGGCAAAGCAGCAAUAAAAACGCCACCGAUGUUUGCCACUGGGCCGACGGUUACCCUCUCAACAUCAACAUCUACAUCGCACUCCUUCGCUCAAUCUUCGACAUUAGAGAAGAAACCAUGGUACUCGAUGAGGUUGAUGAGCUUAUGGAGCUAAUGAAGAAGACAUGGACAACUUUGGGGAUCAACCGGCCGAUUCACAAUCUAUGCUUCACUUGGGUAUUGUUCCAACAAUAUGUGCUAACUUCACAGACGGAGCCAGACUUGCUUUACGCAGCGCACACCAUGUUAUCGACGGAAGUCGCCAAUGAAUCAAGGCAUCCUGAUAGGGAAGCAUUGUAUGUAAAGUUGUUGUCUCUUAUGCUGGAGUCGAUGCAAGGGUGGGCCGAGAGGAGAUUACUUCACUACCAUGAUUAUUUCCAGAGAGGAACAGUUGUUUUGAUCGAGAAUCUGUUGCCCUUGGCUCUAUCUGCAUCUAGGAUUUUAGGGGAGGAUGUUUCCAUUGUUGAAGGGAUGGGAGGGAACGAGAGGAGAGACACUAAAAUGGUGGUUGAUUCGUCUGAGGAUCGAGUUGGUCAUUAUAUUCGUGCUUCAAUCAAGAAUGCUUUCGCCAAGAUCAUAGAAACUGGAAGCUACAAGAGCACUAGGUUGGAAGUGAAAGAUGAGGCAACUGAGGCACUGCUUCAAUUGGCCAAAGAGACAGAGGAUUUGGCUUUAAGAGAGAGGGAAUACUUUAGUUCCACCCUUAAGAAGUGGAACCCAAAUGCUGCCAGUAUUGCAUCUGUGACUCUACACCAAUGUUACGGAGCAGUAUUGAAGCAGUAUCUAGCUGGCGUAACAUCUUUGAAUAAUGAGAUGGUGGAUGUGCUCCACAGGGCUGCUAAGCUCGAAAAGGCCUUGGUUCAAAUGGUGGUCGAGGACUCAGAGGAGUCUGAAGAUGGAGGAAAGAAUAUUAUUAGGGAGAUGGUUCCUUACGAGGUUGAUUCAAUCAUACUGAAACUUGUUAAGCAAUGGAUUGAAGAGAGGUUGAAGAUUGGGGGAGAAUGUGUUGUUCGAGCAAAAGAGUCCGAGACAUGGAAUCCCAAGUCCAAAAACGAACCUUAUGCUCAAUCGGCUGUGGAGCUAAUCAAAAUUGCCACCGAAACAGUGGAAGAAUUCUUCGAAACCCCCAUUGGAAUUACAGAUGAUCUCAUUUGUACACUUUCAGAAGGUCUUGAGCAGUUGUUCCUAGAAUAUGUUAGUUUCGUAACAGCUUGUGGAUCAAAGCAAAGUUAUAUCCCAACUCUUCCUCCACUAACCAGAUGCAAUCGGGACUCGAAGUUCUCCAAAAUAUGGAAAAAGGCAGCUCCUUGCACUGUGACACUAGAGGAUCUUCACCAAAAUGAGUUCAAUGAAAUUCAUCACCCUCGACCAUCAACAAGCCGAGGAACACAACGUCUCUACAUCCGCCUCAACACAUUGCAUUAUCUUGUUUCUCACUUACACGCACUAGACAAGACCCUUGCCCUGGCUCCAAGGUGUAAUUCCGCUCGAAGGCGUAAUAGUCGUCGACAACACAGUACAUCCUCUUACUUUGAGAAAUCCCACACAACCAUCCAAUCUGCUUGCCAACAUGUAUCAGAAGUGGCUGGUUAUCGUUUGAUAUUCCUCGACUCCAGCUCGGUGAUAUACGAAUCACUUUAUGUCAUUGAUGUUGCCAAUGCAAGGAUCAAACCAGCACUUAGAAUCCUCAAACAAAAUCUUACUCUCAUGAGUGCAAUCCUGACUGAGCGAGCUCAGUCGUUAGCCAUGACAGAAGUAAUGAAGGCCACAUUCGAGGCCUUCCUCAUGGUUUUACUUGCCGGAGGAUGCUCCAGAGUAUUCUACAAAACCGAUCAUCAUAUGAUCGAGGAGGAUUUCCAGAGCUUGAAAUGCAUGUUCUGCACUUGUGGUGAAGGGUUGAUGAAUGAGGACCUCGUGGAGAGGGAAGGAGAGAUAGUGGAAGGAGUGAUUGCAUUGUUGGGUGAAUCCACGGAGCAACUAAUGGAGGAUUUCAGCACUGCUGCUUGCGAGACGAGCGGUAUAGGAGCCUUGAGUUCCGGACAGAAACUACCAAUGCCACCAACAACAGGGAGAUGGAAUAGAGGGGAUCCAAACACAAUCUUGAGAGUUUUAUGCCACCGGAAUGACAGAGUAGCGAAUCAGUUCUUGAAGAAAUCGUUCCAGUUAGCCAAAAGAAAGUGAUGAGAAGUGAAACCCAAUUGAGGGAAUUUUGUCCUCUGUUACGCAAAUAUAAUUUCAGGAGGUCACUGACGGCUAUACAAAUUUUAAUAUCUAGCUGACCUUGAUUUCAUAGUACAUACACAUAAGAAGACAAAUAGUGUAAAAGACGGCUCAUUGUGCUAAAGAGCUUAAAAACAACUGACAUUUUUUGUACUAGGGUACUGAUGUUAGGCACCUCCUUGGAAGAGGUUUCUGUGUGUGCACAUAGUCGUGAUCAAUUCAACUUCUCCCCUUAAAAAAGGGUUUUGAAAUUUUCUCGUCAUUCAUUAUGUGUUUGUUUGCUUAUAAAAAGUUGUUUCUCGAAACCUUGGUACAUGUUGUAUAAAGCAUGAACAAAUGUGAC